AGCCAAUCCAGCGUGCGCGCCCACAACCCCACGACCUCCCCGCCUAUCACACCGCAAAACUGAACGCGCUACAGCGUCACUACGACGACAACCUCGUGUUAGUUUAGUUCACUGCCACACCUCGCCACCGUUUCUUUAUAUCCCGUGGAUGCGUUCGUACAUGUUUUGUGGCAGCUUGCUAGCUGGUGGCGUCGAGCCAAGAACUGCUCCUGCCGCCUGAUCCAUUUCCGACCGAUCACACCAUGGACGGCGAGUGGAGCGACGGGGCGGGGGCGUUGCCGACGGUGUCCGGAGGCGAGGGCAAGGUUGGGGCUGGUGGUGGUGCUUCGGGUGAUUGCGCGGGGUCGCUGGUGUCACCAGCGGCGGCGCCGUCUACUUCGCCUGCUGCAAGCGGAAGGCGGCGGUCGGCGCAGAAGCGGUCGGUGACCGUGCCGCUGGCCGACGUGAGCGGCCCGCGGCCCAAGGGCGUCGGUGAGGGCCACACGCACACCGACAAGUGGGCGUGGCGGAAGUACGGCCAGAAGCCCAUCAAGGGCUCCCCUUUCCCGAGGGCGUACUACAGGUGCAGCAGCUCCAAAGGGUGUCCGGCAAGGAAGCAGGUGGAGCGGAGCCGGGCCGACCCGGACAAGGUGAUCGUCACCUACUCCUUCGAGCACAACCACUCUGGCGCGGUGCUGAGAGCGCAGAACCGCCAGGCCCCAAACAAGGUCCAGCCCGCUCAUCCGGAGCCGGCGGAGUCCGUGUCCAUCGGCGCGCACGACGUCGCCGCGACCUGCGCCGGCGCGCUUGCCACCGAGGGCGGCGCGGCGGCCAUCGAGGUACACGACGACUUCCGGUGGCUCUACGACGGCGUGUCCGUCACCUCGUCGACGUCGCCCUCCGACGUCGACGCGGCGGACGAGAUGAUGUACGGCUCGUUGUUCUUCGGCGCCGCGGUCGGCGCGCCCGCGCCCCUCCCCGACGAGUUCGGCGACGACGUCGGCGCGUUAUUUGCCGGUGAAGGGAGCGAGGAGGACGCGAUGUUCGCGGGGCUCGGUGAGCUGCCUGAGUGUGCCGUGGUGUUCCGGCGGCACGGCGGCGACGGGGUGGCGAUGGCAGGCGGGGUGAAGGUCGAGCAGCCGGCGGAGGGCACUGCAAUAUCAUGAUGACCGACGCGGCCAGCUGACAUGUGGGUCCGGUCUCCAAUAAGAGCAGAAAAACUCAUGUAGAGCUCCUCUUGAUCUAUCUACUUUUGGUGUCUUGCUCUCUUCCCCUUUGUGACUACUAGUUUUAAUUUCUUCUUCUUUUAUUUGUUGCUACACUCAUACGUUAUUAGCGCAUAGAAAAAUUUGAGGCAUUGCAAUUGCAUAGAGUUGAUUUGUGAGGGUUUGGGGAUUGAGAAGGACGCAUCUUUUUGUUAAUGGUUUGGUUGAAGCAAUUUGUUUUCUCUGUAAGAUUUGGUUUAGAAGACAUACAGAUGGAGAGAGAGAAAAAAACAUGGUUUCAAUCAAA